GACAGCUGCAGCACAAACAGUUUAAACUCCGAAGUGUCUCUGCGACUUGGCUUUCUCCUCUUAUUAUAGGCAGAUUUCAGGAUUGCGGCGUGAGCACGACUCUGCGAACAUAUGAGCCGACAUACCUCUCUGAGGAAACGCGGUCAGCUUGCGUCACGGAGAUCCAGCAUGAAUAUUAACUGUGCUGGGGGCACCGACCAGCCAAGCAGUCAGGAGUGCAGUCACCCUGCAGAAAGCAUCACCAUUCCAGUCCAUGAGCUAGAGGAAAGUAGCCUGACCCUAGGCAGCCAAAGUCCUAGCACUUUUGCAGGUCCCAGGAAUGAUGAUUUCAAGUAUGUGUCUCACCCAGCAAGUCUCCAGGUCAGCAACCUGUUAGCCACUCCUGAGGACGCAAGUGGCUCUAAUUUCCAGGACAGCAGUAAAAGACAGCCAGAACAUUUCACUUCCCAAGAACGGUAUGGGAGCAGCACUGCAGGCUCCAACAAUUUACAGAUGCAGGCCCCCGAAAAAGUGACUCUAGUUGUAGAUGGCACUCGAUUUGUUGUGAAUCCACAGAUUUUCACAGCACAUCCAGACACCAUGCUGGGAAGAAUGUUUGGACCAGGAAGAGAAUAUAACUUCACGCGGCCAAAUGAAAAGGGAGAAUAUGAAAUUGCAGAAGGAAUCAGCUCCACCGUGUUUCAUACCGUCCUGGAUUACUACAAAACUGGAACCAUUAACUGUCCAGAUGGGAUAUCUAUUCCUGAUCUCAGAGACACUUGCGAUUACCUCUGUAUCAACUUUGACUUUAACACGAUCAAAUGUCAAGACCUCAGUGCUUUGUUGCAUGAACUCUCCAAUGAUGGUGCUCACAAGCAGUUUGAUAGCUUCCUGGAAGAGUUAAUUCUGCCUAUCAUGGUGGACAGUGCCAAGAAAGGAGAACGUGAAUGCCACAUUGUAGUAUUGACAGAUGAAGACACCGUGGACUGGGAUGAAGACCACCCACCUCCAAUGGGAGAGGAAUAUUCACAAAUCCUUUACAGUUCCAAGCUGUACAGAUUCUUCAAGUAUAUUGAAAACCGUGACGUUGCAAAGGCCGUGUUAAAAGAGCGUGGGCUGAAAAAUAUUCGAAUAGGCAUUGAAGGUUAUCCCACAUGUAAAGAGAAGGUGAAGAGGAGGCCAGGAGGCCGCUCAGAAGUUAUCUACAACUAUGUGCAGCGCCCAUUCAUCCAGAUGUCUUGGGAGAAGGAAGAAGGAAAGAGCCGCCACGUCGACUUCCAGUGCGUGAGAAGCAAAUCUCUAACGAACCUGGUUGCUGUGGGUGACGAUGCUUCUGAAGACCAGGAAAUGUUAUUGCAUCACCCACCCCAGGUGGACGAACUGGAUAGGUUAAAUGCACCUUUCUCUCACGUGGCUGCUAAUGAUCUUCCCGAUUAGUACUGGCUCAGGGUCAAGUCCCCUUCCAGUUGUUCUCUGGCAUGUGGGGACUCCUCAGCUUUGUUUCAUCCCAGGAUGUGGAACAUGCCACCUUGCAAGGUGUUUCCUCCUUAUAAUUGCUUAUAUUAUGGUGUACUAUGACAAGUAUGUGAAUAACGAGCUAUGUUCCCUCAGUCGAAAGGCAGGAUUGCAAGCAAUGUCUCCUUGAAAGGGAAGAGAUGGUGUUCUUUCCUCCACUGCUGACAGCUUUGAGAGUACCUAGAGAGAGAUGGAGGUUGAAUCCUCCCCUAGACCUGUGAAAGAAGAACAGAAGCACUACAAGCCUCUUGUUUGGAGAGAGGCAAUUCCAUGAAUAUUAAAAAGCUGUUUCAAUUUUAGAUGCUUCCCACUGCUAUAAUGAUAAUCAGUUGCAAGGGGACCAAACAUCAGAGCAAGACAGAUUCCACCCUUCUGUACAACAAGUACAAAUAUAGCACACUUGUGACUGACUGUGUAACACUAUGUACUACCAACAGGUUUUGCAUCCAGUAUGUAUACUACUGUACUUGAGACCGAUGGAGCUAGUGUUCCAAGAGGCCUACGGAUGUUCACCUGCAACUGCUCGCUUACAGUUCUCCUUAAGACAGAAUCACUUCUUCAUUAAGGGAAGACUUUAUUUCUGUUGAUCUCAACAAGAGUAGCAGAUAGCAUAGAGUGGAAAUAAAGCUCAGUGAUGUUUUACCAAAGGAGUGAAUGUCACUAAGUCGCCUAUCAGAGAUAUCUUUGCACCCUAGAGAGCCGUAGAUUCUUCCCGAAUCCCCACAUUAAGACAAAAAAGCAGAGAAGGCAACUCCCCAUACAGCCGUGUGGACAGUAAAGUGAUUCUACAAUCAGUUGCAUCAGGCUCAUGCACCAACCUCAGAUGUACGUUCAGCGGGGAUCCUGAAGGCAACGUGAACUCCCCAUGAGCAGCUGACAGUGGAAUUUGGGCUGCUUUGUAGCUUGCAGGACUGGCUACGUCCCUCCAGUUUGAAAGCAAUGGCAUGACUUUAUUGUGUCUGACCUGUAAAGGAUGUAGGGUAGAAUAACAUUAGCAGAUCUGUAUUACUACAGUAAAUACAGCCUUGUAGAGAGUAACUGUGCACCUGGGAAAAAUAGUAUAAAUACCUUCUGCUGCCUUUGGCUCAUUGUAGUAGGUUGUGUUUGAGGCCCAGACCAUGUUGAAUCCAGGAGGGUAUCUGCACACAGAUAGCCAAGCUAAGUUUCAACUAGCAGGCAUGGGUUCCAGAUGUGACUUGACCACAGCAGCCCAUAAUUCAGCAGAGGUCAGUUUGCCUGGCUUCUCACCAGGGUAAUUUAGCACGGAGUCUAGCAAGGGCUGCCAUAGUUUGCCUGCUAGGUUAUGGACAGCCUGCACUAUGCUGCAAGCAGUUCAGACAUAUUCCAUGUUCACAAUAGCUGUAGCCCCCAUCCUGGUGCAAAGGCAACACAGGCUCUUCAUUUCCUCUUGUAAAAGGAG